UUCGCUGACAUUUCAGCACGACUUGUCAAAAGAAUGCCUCUACGCGACUAAUUUUUUAUCGUUAAUAAUUUCGCGUUCAAUGAAGAGUUUUGUUCCAUUUUUUGUUUGUUGUAAUCGUGCUUUGUAACUUUUCAACAUUAUGAGCGAUGAAAUUUUCACCAGGGGCUAUCGAGAACUACAAAAUGCCAACGAUGGUGACGAUGAUCUUAUGGCUGCCGAAAAUCCCAACGAUAUAAGGCUACAAGACAUCGAACAGCAACUGGAGAUGGCCGAGUCUCGAUGUAACACCUUAAAAGACCAGCUGGAUUAUAUGAAACAAAUGUACGGCGGCAACAAAAGUUCCAACAAAUCCAGAAAAAUAUCUAACGUAGCCAAUCUCUCCAAUCAUUCUUCGACUAGUAACGAAGAAACAACUAGACCUAUUUCCGUGAAAAAAUCAGGUCCAAGUCGUCAGAAGUCCAAUGCCAUCGAAACCGACAAUUCUGGGGCUGCGGUGAGGACCAUCAAUAACAUCCUGAACGGUAUUACGAAUUCGGUGAACAGAUUGUCUGAAAUUCACUCUCAGAUCACUACUCCUCGAGCCAAGAGCGCUACUAGUGGUAAUGAAUGUAACUUUAAUUGUUUAUAUCGUAUGAUCGGAGAAAAAAAGGCGUCAAUGACGGCUGGCGAAUAA